AUGAAACUCUCCGAGGCUGCGAAGACUAUUCUGAGCAGAAUCCAGAGGAUCGAGCCGGAGUUGGAUCCCCAGAUAAUCGGGUACCUCCUGCUGAAGGAUUAUGGCGACCGGGAGAUGAUCAGGCUGUCCUUUGGGCCAGACCUCGCUCUAGAGCCCCUCAUAAACGAGGCCAAGGACGCCCUCUCGGGAAGUUUCUCUGUCCCCGUCAACGCCCCCCCAGAAGUCCACCCCAACUUUGCAUCCUACCCGCCCACCGGGUCAGCCCUUUUCUCCGGCUCAGCAGUGCGCGUCGCAGCUACUCCUUUAUGGGACCCACAUAUUGGACUGGAACCGCAGAUAGCUCUUCCCAAUUUGUAUCUGAUUCAUGGAGAUCCUUCAGGGGAGGACAAUCAUGGCUACUGUGGUAAGCUCCUACACGGGUCUUACUUCCAAGAGGAUCCUGCCGAGGGGCACCCGAUGGCUGGAUCGAGGAGGAGGUCAACGAGUAUGCCCGAGCUGUCUCCCAGGGCCUGCCAUUACUACCACAGGGGUUACUGCAAGCACGGUGCCAACUGUCGAUACCUCCAUGAUCAGUUGACUCCUGGUCUGACCCCACCAAAUUCUAGGGAGCUGGGGGACGAGGACCAGGUGAUCCCAUCUUGGUCGCUCGAAAAAUUGGAGCUUGAGCUUGUAGACCUUCUCAAGUCAAAGAAGGGACAUCCCAUAUCCAUCGCAACGCUGCCUUCGGCGUACAUGGAGAGGUAUGGGAAGAUGCUGCAGGCAGAUGGGUAUCUCACGGAGAGCCAGAGGCAUGGGAAGGCCGGCUUCAACUUGACCAGAUUGCUCGGUCGUCUUAAGAACAGUAUUCGGAUUCUAGAUAGGUAAUGGGUGCGAUCACUUCCUUUUGAUAGUAAUUUUUUUUACUUUUAUGGUUGGCACUUAUGGCGAUUUUAUAAUUGAUGAUUUAUAAUCUUCACCCAUAUGUUUUUUCUUUUAUGAGAUUCAAAUUUUUAUCAAGAUAUCAUUUUUCAAAAUAAAAAUUGCAGGCCACAUGGACAACAUUCAGUUAUGUUGGUGGAGGAUGCUCUGAAAUAUAUGGAGCCUGGGAAUGCAAAUAAUGGGGUGGGAAGUAAUGUUUCUGGUUCCCAACAGAUAUAUCUUACCUUCCCUUCUGAUAGCUCAUUCGAGGAGGAGGAUGUGGCCAACUAUUUCAGGUAACUAAUAAUCAGUGUUAUUUUUUAUAUUAAUUAUAAAUAAUAAUAUUUUUAUGCAAUGUGGUCUGAUGGUUUUUUAAUAUUUUUUUUCUUUGCAUCAGACGAUUUGGGCGUGUGAUUGAUGUGAGAAUUCCAACCCAACAUAAGCGCAUGUUUGGUUUUGUCACCUUUGAGAGCCAAGAGACUGCAAGAAUGGUUCUAUCCGAGAAGAAUCCCCACUAUAUAUCUGGGUCCCGUGUUCUUGUCAAGCCCUACAAAGAGAAGUCUCGAAAUAGUGACAGGUGCCUAUUGUCACUCUUUCUUCUGUCACUCUCAAUUCCUAGAUCCCUUCUAUAA